CGCAGCGCACGGCCCCGCCACACGCUUUCUCCACAGACCCAAAUUGCGCGGGAACUCCCCAACGCUUCAGUCACGCCACCAACCGAGCAUGCGGCAGUUAGCACCCCACGUGAGGAGAAGAGCGCACUGGCGAAUCGGUGGCCGCCGUUCGCCUCUGGCCCGGGUGACAGCCAAUGGGAAAGCAGCGCGCAAGGGCUCUCCGGACCGUUACCUGACGGCAGUUGCGUCUCUUCGGUUGCGGACGUACGGCCGUGCGGUGCCCUGCGGCCGAAGCUGGUGAUCCUUACGAGGCGCCAUGCGUGAGUGCAUAUCUAUCCAUGUUGGUCAGGCUGGUGUUCAGAUUGGCAAUGCAUGCUGGGAAUUGUAUUGUCUUGAACAUGGGAUCCAGCCUGAUGGUCACAUGCCCAGUGAUAAAACUAUUGGAGGCGGAGAUGAUUCAUUUAACACUUUCUUCAGUGAGACGGGAGCUGGUAAACAUGUUCCCAGAGCAGUGUUUGUGGACCUGGAGCCAACGGUAGUCGAUGAAGUACGUACAGGCACAUACAGGCAGUUGUUCCACCCUGAGCAGCUCAUUACUGGGAAAGAAGAUGCAGCUAAUAAUUAUGCCAGAGGCCAUUACACCAUUGGAAAAGAGAUUGUUGAUCUAGUGUUAGACCGCACGCGCAAACUGGCUGAUCUGUGCACUGGGCUGCAAGGUUUCCUUAUCUUUCACAGUUUUGGAGGAGGCACUGGUUCAGGGUUUGCAUCUCUGCUCAUGGAAAGGCUCUCUGUUGACUAUGGCAAAAAAUCUAAACUAGAAUUUGCAAUUUAUCCAGCACCACAGGUUUCUACUGCUGUAGUGGAACCUUACAAUUCAAUUUUAACUACACAUACAACACUGGAGCAUUCAGACUGCGCAUUCAUGGUAGAUAAUGAAGCCACUUAUGAUAUAUGUCGUCGCAACCUGGACAUAGAACGUCCCACUUAUACCAAUUUAAAUCGGCUAAUUGGGCAAAUUGUUUCAUCCAUCACAGCUUCACUACGUUUUGAUGGAGCCCUUAAUGUAGAUCUGACAGAAUUUCAAACUAACCUUGUUCCGUACCCACGAAUCCAUUUCCCCUUGGUAACAUAUGCCCCUGUCAUCUCUGCUGAAAAAGCCUACCAUGAGCAGUUAUCCGUGGCUGAAAUUACCAAUGCUUGCUUUGAACCAGCCAACCAGAUGGUAAAAUGUGACCCACGUCAUGGUAAAUACAUGGCCUGCUGUAUGUUAUACAGAGGUGAUGUUGUCCCUAAAGAUGUUAACGCAGCUAUCGCUACUAUCAAGACUAAACGUACCAUUCAGUUUGUGGAUUGGUGCCCAACUGGAUUCAAGGUGGGCAUUAACUACCAGCCUCCAACUGUGGUGCCGGGUGGUGACCUUGCAAAGGUGCAGAGAGCUGUAUGUAUGCUGAGUAAUACCACUGCCAUUGCUGAAGCAUGGGCUCGUCUCGACCACAAAUUCGAUUUGAUGUAUGCCAAACGUGCCUUUGUACAUUGGUAUGUUGGGGAAGGAAUGGAGGAAGGAGAAUUUUCCGAAGCCCGGGAAGAUCUGGCUGCCCUUGAAAAAGAUUAUGAAGAAGUUGGGAUAGACUCUGUAGAAGCAGAGGCUGAAGAAGAGGAUGAAUACUGAAAAUGCUGAAGUAAUAAAAAGUGUGUUCUGUAACAGCAACAAAUGAA